AUGGAGACCCGCAUCGUCAAGAUCGACGCCCAAGGGCUCGGCAACUUCACCAACAACGCUGGACCCGAGAGAUUGAGCACAUGGGAAGUCAGCCCCUCCGCCUCAGGCGCCUCGAUAGCCGCCCUCCGCGACGCAGCAGAGUAUAUGCGCACCAAGGCGACACCAGUGGCUUUCCCGACCGAGACUGUUUAUGGCUUGGGUGCCGAUGCGACAAGGAGCGACGCCGUCAAGGGCAUCUACUCAGCCAAGGGCCGGCCCUCGGACAACCCGCUCAUUUCUCAUGUCAGCGAUCUUGAUAUGUUGAGGGAGCUGUUGCGAUCCGAUGAGAACCAGACAAACGGCCAUGCUCAAAAGGACCCAAUUCCAGAGAUAUACAAGCCUCUCAUUGAAAAGUUCUGGCCUGGCCCUCUUACGAUUCUCCUCAAGAACCCGACGCCAAGCAAACUUGCGCCCGAGGUCACGGCAGGCUUGACGAGUUUUGGUGUCAGGAUGCCGUCGUCGCCGUUGGCGUUGACACUCAUUAAGUUGGCCGGUGUACCGCUGGCUGCUCCUUCGGCGAAUGCGUCGACUAAGCCCUCGCCCACGACAGCGCAGCAUGUUUAUCACGAUCUGGAGGGCCGCAUCGAACUCAUCUUAGACGGCGGGGCGUGCCAGGUCGGCGUGGAGAGUACGGUUGUUGACGGUCUGUGCAACCCUCCAGUCGUUCUGAGGCCAGGAGGCGUGAGCAUGGAAGAGUUGCGAAGCUGUCCAGGCUGGGAGGGCGUCGUCAAGGCGUACAAGGACGAGAGCGAGACAGGGAAGUCUGCACCAAGGGCGCCUGGUAUGAAGUACAAGCACUACAGCCCCAAGGCGAAGGUUGUGCUGUAUGAGCAUGCUUGCCCGGCAGGUGCUGAGGGCAUCGUUGCCGAGGACUUGCAGAAGGCGCUCAUUCAGCAGAACGCGGAUGCGUUGACGAACGGAGACGGACCGACUUCCGCCAGGAUAGGAAUCAUCCGCACGAGGAGGUGGAAGAUUGCAGGUGGUCUGCAUCACGGUGCGCUGCAAGUUUCCAAGGUCCAUGUUGACGGGGCUGCGGAGGCGAACGCCAGGGAUGAGACGACGUACGAGGUCCAAGAGGGCGAGCUUCAGGAUGCCGAGGACAAGCCCAUGGCGUCGGUGCUUGAUAUCGACUUGGGAGACGACACGAGAGGAAUUGCGCAGGGCUUGUUCUCGGCGCUGAGAGAUUUGGAUAGAAGGGGCGCUAGCGUCAUCUUCGUAGACGGUAUCGACGACAGGAACGACAUUGCAGAGGCGGUGAUGAACAGGCUUCGCAAAGCAGCGUCCGAGAUUCGGACAUAG